AUGGGGGCAAUAUUCUUUGAGCCACCGGAAGAGAAGAUUGGAAUGUAUGUAAAACAUCUCGAUGUUGGUUAUUGUCUUCCUACUUCCGACUUCUUCUGGGAGAUCCUUGAUCAUCAUAAAGUUCAUUUUAAUAAGUUGGUUUCGAAUGACGUGAGCAAGGUGGUGGACUUUGAGAUCUUAUGUCAUGCGAAUGACAUAACACCUGGUGUAUGGCUGUUUUGCCAUUUUUCCGGUUUGCUUCAACUUCGUCUGGUGAGAAUUACACUUUUUCCAUUCAUAAGUACAUUCAUGCCUUAG